CGUAUUUACAGAACGGAAAGCGUAAUUUCGUCCACCGGAAACUUUGACGUCCUUUCUGAAGAGGACUGCCAUCAUGGUGAGUUGGCAAUGAAGCUUGUGGAUUUAGAAAAAUGUAUUAAAUACAAUUGUAGUUAUUGUUAAGGGGCCUCAAUUAAUAUGUAAAUACAUAACGUAUCGCUAUAUUCGUUUUUAUUAGCGAUGAUUAAAAUAGUUUCAAUGGGUUUUGGACAUUAUUGAAAUGUCGGGUGUUCAGUCUGCUACAACGUGGUGAACAGGCCGAUAAUCAUUAGGCUAUUUAGUGUUAGCCCACUAUCAUGACAAAUGCAUUGCAAUGGCGAGCGCAGGAUAGUUGCCGUUUCUUUAAAGUCCUCCGGGUUUUAUUUUUAUUUUUUUUAGCUAGUUUGGUUUGUCAGUCCACUGUCGUAUGUACACUAGCUCUGCUAGUGUGCUAUGUUGUGGGCUACUAGCUAGUACCGUUCACCAGGACCGCUAACUAGUUAGCAUGCUAAUGAACGUUAGUUAGUCUAGACUUCUCGGUCUUGUGGUUUCCCACAAACUGUCUAUAAUAGCCAUGUUACAAAGUCAAAUCACAUUUGUAAAACAUGUGUAAAUUAGGAUAACCCAGCUAAAUUCAGAGUGUCGGGAACACGUUCACUGAAGGGUUUUGUUCAUGAUUGUCUUUGCUGGCGCUCAAACUAGCUAGCUAACAACCCUACUUUUUUUUCCUGCAGGUGUUCAAGCGCUACGUCGAGAUUGGCCGCGUCGCCUACAUCUCUUUUGGACCCCACGCAGGCAGCCUGGUGGCCAUCGUCGAUGUCAUCGACCAAAACAGAGUAAGCAUUGCAUUGAUGACAUCCUGACUUUAUGCUAGAGGUCUCCAACUCUGGUCUAGGAGACUAUCUGGUUGUGUAGGCUGUGGGGCGGCAGGUAGCUUAGUGGUUAAGAGCGUUGUGCCAGUAACCGAAAGGUCGCUGGUUCUAAUCCCCGAGCUGACUAUGUGAAAAAUCUGUCCAUGUGCCCUUGAGCAAGGCACUUAAUCCUAAUUGCUCCUGUAAGUCGCUCUGGAUAAGAGUGUCUGCUAAAUGACUAAAAUGUAGGCUGUAUGGCAGAUUCACAUGUUCAGGUAUCACUGGUACCAGUAUCUUGUAGUCUACUAGCGUUUGUAUGUUUAUCCACCAACCCUUCUCAAUUGUCCUUCAAACAAUUACCACAUCUGUUAAUUUAAGAAUGGUUCAACUCGGCAUAGACAUUAUUUUGUUUAUUUAAAAUGACUUGUGUGUUUGUCUCAGGCACUGGUGGAUGGUCCCUGCACAGGGGUGAAGAGGCAGUCGAUGCCCUUCAAGUGCAUGCAGCUCACUGACUACGUCAUCAAAGUACCACACAGGUGAGUGAGAGGACAACAUGUGUGUAUUCACUAGGAACUAAACAGAAGCAAACUGAAUGAAACAGGGAGGGACCUACCUCUGUCCAAUAGAAACUUGUUUGCAUUGCAAAAUGUUUCGCUAUGGUUUGCACUAAUAAAUACACCCAAGUUCUCAAGACCUUGAUUGGUUCAGUCAGAUGUAUUACUGCUGGGCUGGUACAACAUGCACACAGACACAUCAAUGAAUUGUGUGGCCGCUGCUUUGCGUUUUCAAGUGAACUUUUUCUUAUUGACUAUCCUUGAGUCACAUAGACUUACAGUAACCACACAGAACAAUAGGCUACCUCACAACAUUCAUUUGCAAUUGUGGUGCUAUAACUGUAAAGCUAUGGCUCUCCUCUGCAUAUUUGGGUCCUCUGGACAAUAACCCUAACUGUGUUGCAGCGCUCGUCAAAAGUUUGUGAAACGCGCCUGGGAGAAGGCCCAAGUCACUGAGAAGUGGGCAGAAAGCAACUGGGCCAAGAAGAUUGAAGCCAGACAAAAGGUACUGUUUAUUUGUUCAUUUUGAUUGGCCAUUAGCUGUUAGUCGAAACAGCAACUCCUCCUGGGGUCCACAUGUUUCUGACAGAAUGGCUCUGGGAGUGGGAGGGGGUCUGCUUCUGGGUAGCAGUUGGUUUCUCAAGGGCUGGGGCUAAACAUUUUGUCAAAUGGGACACGGGAAACUUCAGUAGGCUUUAGAUGAAUCACUGCCCCCACACAUUUGGUAACGACUUCCUUGUUGUAUAUACUGUCAAUGCCGAUGUGUCCCUUCAGUCUUGCUUGGGUUGUGGUCUUUGGGGUUUUGUCCCUAGAGUAGGUCCUGUAACAUCCAGAUGGUCCAGCACAAUAUUUGUAUGGAAUUGUUGACCUUUUUGGGUGUGUGGUGGAGCAUGGUAUGCAGUGCUACUGGAUUGUUCCUCCAACUUAAAGGGAAAUACCACUCAAAAUAUAUUUUUGUAUUUGUUUAAUUAGUCCACUGUUGAUAGUCCCUAAAUGUUUUGUGUGUCAGCAUUCAAGGUUUCAAGAUGUAGAACUUUCAAAAUACACAUCAUACUGUGACACUUGAUGUAUUUUGAAAGUUCUAUAUCUUAACUUCAAUGCUGACAUGCAAAACAUUUGGGGACUGUAUCCACAUCGGACUAAUGAAACAAAUAACAAGAGUUUGAGUGGAAUUUUCCUUUAAGGGUGGUAUUCACUAGGAACCGAACAGAAGCAAAUGGGCCAACACAGGGAGGGACCUACUUAAAUGUGUCUAAUACACAAAUGUUGUUUUGAUUUCCCUUACAAAACGUUUUGCUAUAGUGCUACUAAUCUCUAUGUCCCAGUUGUAUAACUGUUAUGUCUCUGCAGAGGGCCCAGAUGUCAGACUUUGACCGCUUCAAGGUGAUGAAGGCCAAAAGGAUGGUGAGUGGAGAAAACAUUCUCAAACAUUUUUACAUCAGAUUAUUAAUUAUAUAGAGUAUUUUGGGUUGCGAAUUAAAUGUACAUCGUAGUGGAAAUAAUUAAUUGAAUAAAAAAAUACUUGUCACUAAUGAUUGACUUGUCACUGAUUUGCGGUUUGUGUCCACAGAGGAACAAGAUCAUCAAGCACGAGGUGAAAAAGCUGCAGAAAGAGGCAGCGAAGAAGGCGUGAUCGAUCUUAAAUAAAUCCUCUGGUUGAAUUAUU